AUGUACAUAUUUUUAUGGUCUUUCUUCGCUAUUAUAUUCUUUGCUGCAUUUCUCGCCAUUAUAGAAGUCCUAAGGUUCUUUAUUCAGAAGCGAAAAUCAAUCAGCGACUGGAAAGGCCACGAAACUGAUUUCUAUCGCCAAAAAGAGAAACAACCAAUGACAGAAGACGCCUUAGACAUGGAACAAGAUGUUAAAAAUGCCACGCCAGAUGAAUACGCGGUCAGAAUUAACAAUGUUUCCAAAUUAUUUUAUGAUACAACGAAGAAACCUAUUUGUGCUGUCAACCAAGUAUCUCUUGGUAUCAAGCGAGGCUCAUUAUUUGGUUUUCUUGGCGCAAACGGUGCUGGAAAGACAACUUUGAUGAAAAUAAUUUUAAGAGAGCUUCAACCAUCGAAUGGCAGCAUCGAACUCGAAGGCACCGACAUCAAGGAAGGCUACAAAGCUCACAUGAUUGCAAUUUGUCCGCAGUUCGACGAUCAUCUCUGUCCAAUUUUGACAACAUACGAACAGAUCAAGUUUUACUCGUAUAUCCAUCAAGUUCCAUCCGACCAAAGCGAGCACAACAUCGCCAUGCUCAUAGAAACCCUCGACCUCACUAAUCAUCGCGACAAAUUAGUCAAAGAACUUUCCGGAGGCAACCAACGCAAGAUUUCCAUUGCCAUUGCUUUUCUUUCCGAUGCCCACAUUGUUCUUCUCGAUGAACCAACGUCAUCCCUUGAUCCUGUCGCGAGACACAAAGUCCACAACUUAAUCAACAUUUCUCGAGGCGAAAAAACAUUCAUGUUGUGCACACAUUUACUCGAUGAAGCUGAAUCUCUUUGCGACAACAUUUUCAUCAUGUUAAAUGGUUGUGUUUACGCAAUAGGAACUCCUCAGUAUCUAUCGAGUAAAUUUGGAACAGAGUGGAAAGUUGAUUUAGUUUUAGACUCCGCAAACAAAGAAACAGAACAGAAUGUCGAUCAGUUCUUUAAGAACAAUUUGUCGACAGCGAGAUUGAGUAUUAAAAGGCCUUUGUCGAGGAUAUAUUCGAUCCCGAGCCAGGACAUUAAACUCACGAAUCUGUUCGAAGUUUUGCAGAAAGGAAAAGACGAAGGAGUUGGAAUCAAAUAUUACACAUGCAGCUGCUCAACUUUGGAAAAGGUCUUCAUGGAAAUCGUGAUGCUUUCUGAGAAAGGAGCAUUGCCUUCUUCUGAUGAAGAGAGCUCAAGAAGAUCUGUUAGAUCUGAAAGAUCUGAACCAACAACUAUUGAAGAUGUUUCUUCUCUUAAUUAA